AUGUGACUCGCAGGGGGCGGGAGAAGACUCGGAGCUGUCGCCAUGGAGACGCAGUAACAGAGCAGAGAUGGUGGGAAAGGGAGCGAAGCGGAGUAAGAGCAAGAGGAAGAAGAAGGUGGGCAAACAUGAGCCCAGAGCCGAUAAAGAGUCAGAAGCAGAAAAGGCAAAGGCCAAUGCGGCCAUCUGGGAGGCCAGACUUAAAAUGGCGGAACUGUCUCGAACACAGUACCGCGACGCCGCCCGAACCUUGGCACACAAUAAUGAAGAGCUGAGUAAGAACCAGUACCAGAUGGAGAAGGAUAUGCUGGAAGUCAUUGGUUUCCUGAAGAAACAGGACCUGAAGAAGGAUGAAAUGAUUGAAGAAUUACAGCGACAACUGUCAGCAGAGAGGAAACAAGCAGAUGAAGAGAGACAACAGCUGAUAGAGGCAUACAAGAAGCAGAUUGCCAGCUUGGAAGAGAAAUGCUCCCAGAAGACUCAGGAAAUGCAGAUAAUUCAGGCAGAGUUCAGGAUGAUGAAGGAAUUUCGCAGACGUAAAGGGGAAAUGGAGAAAGAGCUGGAUGAGAUUAAAGGGAGCCUGCGCCGAGCUAACCAGGAGCAUAAAGAGUCGCUGGCGGCUAUAGAGAGACGCUUCUUCCAAGACAAGCAACGUCUGGAGAAAGAGGCAGAGAAGAAAAUUGUGAUGCUGGCAGAAAAAGCUCAUAAUGAGGCCAUCAUGCAGCUGGAUGAUGCAGGAAGAUCUGUCUUUAAGGAGAAUGUACGUCUGAAAGAGGCCAUUUCCUAUCAUCUGGAUGAGGCACGAAAUUUAAAGAAAGCCAACACACAACUAAAGGAGGAGAAGGAGCGUCUUCUGCAGGAGAAGGAAACCAGUGAAAAGUUGGUUCAAGAAAAAGUUCUGCAAGUUUCUCAUAAAAACACACAGAUCCAGGAGUUACAGAGGACUGUGCAGACCAUGGGGUGUUCUGUAGAGGAGAUGAGGAUGGAAAUCGAGGAUGGCAUGCAAAAGAAACAUCUUCAGAUACAAGGAGCAAACCAGGCAGGAAGUGCAGAGCUGCAGAAGCUUCAAAGGCUCUUGGAGAGCAAGGAUCGGGAAAUGAACCGCGUUAAAAAGCUUGCUCACAAUAUCCUACAGGAGAGGACAGAGGUCGAGCAUUUCUUUUUGGAAGCUCUGGAGCAGGUAAAACAGGAAAUCAAGUCCAACAGAAACUAUUAUCAGAAGAUGGCACAGGUAGCCUACAACAGUCGUAUGAUGCAGGCAGCUGCGGGAACAGAGCAAUAUCCUAAGAUCAGAACCUUCCAUAACAAGGAACAUAGUACCAAUGAUGUCAGCCAAGAUGUCAAGGAGGCCGAGAAAUGGUCUCACAUAGAGAGCGGAAAAGUGGACAUUGCAGAUCUAACCUGGGAGCAGAAGGAGAAGGUCCUGAGACUUUUGUUUGCAAAAAUGAAUGCCUCGGUUCCCAGGAAAAAGGGGACCGGUGUAAAAGCUGUAAUGUUUUCUGGAACUAGAGAUCCUCAACCCAGGGAAACUGCAGAGAUAUCGGACAAUACAAUCUUCAUAACACAGCAAGUUCCAGAACAAUCUACAUCAAGUGGGCUUUUGCCAGAUAUCUAUGCGGCGAAAUGUCACCCUGUGGCCUGAGGAUCAGCAUCAUGUACAUAUCCUCUCCCUUCCUUCCGGAGAAUCAGUGUUUCCCACAUUGUGAAAAGGAAUCAUGAUGUAAUAAAUCUAUAAGAAGA